AUGGCAAAGUCAAACUACUCUUAUCUGCCACGAGCAGCACCAGCCUCUAUCAAGUGUCCCUACGAGGGUAGUAUUCUACUCCAGACGGCACGAUACAACAAAGGCUCCGCUUUCCCCGAUGAUGAACGGAAAAUCUUCAAGCUCUAUGGUCUCGUACCGCCGAGGAUACAGACUUUAGACGAGCAGGUGGAGAGAGCUUAUCAGCAAUACAAGAGCCGCCCCGACGACUUGGCGAAGAAUUUACAGCUGCUGCAAACUUAUUUGAAGGAGAUGUUUAGUGUGAUCUACACGCCAACAGAAGCCGACGCCAUCCAAAAUUACUCGCGCAUCUUCCGAGACCCAGAUGGCUGCUUCCUAAACAUAAGAGAUCAAGAUAAGAUCGAGGAGUGUCUCUCCAACUUUUCGACGCCCGACGACAUUGACUACAUUGUUGUCAGUGAUGGGGAGCAGAUUCUAGGAAUCGGGGAUCAAGGCGUGGGUGCCAUCUUGAUUUCCAUGGCUAAGCUGGCCAUCGCGACUAUCUGUGGUGGAAUUCAUCCCUCGAGACAACUUCCCGUCGUUUUGGAUUGUGGAACAAAUAAUUCUGAACUCCUUAACGACGAAUUGUAUUUGGGCCUCCCACAGCCUCGUGUUCGGGGUCAGGAAUACUUCGAGUUUGUGGAUAAGUUCAUUCGGGCUGCGAGAAGAAGAUUCCCCAAAGCGUACAUCCAUUUUGAAGACUUUGGUGUACACAACGCGAGGAGGCUCCUCGACAAGUACUGCUCGGAGAUUGCCUGCUUCAACGACGACAUUCAAGGAACGGGAUGCGUGACGUUGGCAGCCAUUCUCACCGCACUCCAUGUUAGCAAGGUCAAGUUGAGUGAUGUUCGCGUCAUCUGCUUCGGUGCUGGCUCAGCUGGGACAGGUAUUGCGGAGCAGGUUAGUGACGCAAUCGCCACCGAAUCGCAAAAGCCGAAGAGCGAGGCCAUGAAACAGAUCUGGUGCAUUGAUAAACAGGGCCUCUUGCUUAAAUCACAAGAGGACAAACUCAAUCCAGCCCAAGUCCCAUUCGCAAAGGAUAUUGGCGAGUGGCCCGACGUCGAGAACGUCGAUCUGCUUUCCGUGGUCAAGAAAGUAAAACCACAUAUCUUGAUUGGCACCUCCACCAAACCCGGAGCCUUUACGGAGGAAGUAGUCAGGGAAAUGGCGAAACAUGUUGAGCACCCAGUCAUAUUCCCAUUGAGCAAUCCAACCCGCCUUGCCGAGGCGAAACCUCAGGAUAUCACCAACUGGUCAGACGGUCGAGCGUUGAUCGCGACAGGGAGUCCAUUCCCCCCAGUGGAGUACAACGGCACGCAAAAGGAGAUCGCGGAGUGCAAUAACUCGACGAUCUUCCCCGGCAUCGGCCUCGGGGCCAUUUUGUCUCGCACGCGACUCGUAUCCGCGAAGAUGCUGGUCGUCGCAUCCAAAGCACUGGCGGCUGAAGCUCCCGCUCUGUAUGAUCUUAUAAAGCCAUUACUCCCCGAUGUUGAGGAAGUGCGGGAGCUUAGUGUAAGGGUCGCCAAGGCUGUUAUUCAAUCAGCUGUUGAGGACGGGCUGGCGCAGGAAGAAGGGAUCCCAAGCGACGAGUCCGAGCUGGAGGAGUGGAUACGAGUGCAAAUGUGGGAGCCGAAGUAUCAGCCACUUGAGAAGAUUGAGAAGGACUGA